ACACAUGACAGGGCCUGCAGAAGGAAAUGAUUUUGUGCACGACGCCAAAUUUAAAUUCUGCUUCUGCUGUUACCAUAAGAGCACUAAGGGGAAGAAGAAAAAUAGGAAAUGGUUUCUCAGAGCGCUGGGUGCUUGAGGAUUUCGAUUCCUGUUGAGUUUGCUGCUUUUGACUUCAUUUCCACGCUUAGAGCUACAACAGUGAGAAGUCCCGGGGACCGUGAGAAGUCCCGGGGACCGUGCUACCUCCAAGGAGAUGCUGAGAAAUGAGGACAAGAUGAAGGGGCCGGGUGCCUUCAGUCACUGAACUCCACAGCUGGCACAAGCUGUGGCCCUUACGUGAAACGACAGCCGCCUGGCCCUCGGACAGGUCCAGGGUUGGUGACUUCCCAGUCACCACCCCGCGUCCAGGUGAGCACGCUUUUCUAGGGCGCUCCCGAGAGCCCCAGGACACCCCAGAAGAAGAGGCGACCACAGGGCUGUUCCAAAACAGGCACGCAUUUUUCUCCCGGCCGCAGGCCCGGUCACUCAGAAGGACACCAUGGACAGCUCUCCAGGCCCCGCCCCUCGCCUGACUGGCCGCCGGGGGCGCCACGGGUGGUCCUGACACCCCGCCCCCAUCCCAGGGAUCCUCGUCCUGCCCGCCAAGCUCUUCCCCAGAGUCCCUCCCUUAGUUCUGAGGGACCCACGCGCGUAGCCAGGGAGGACUCUCCUCCAUCUCCAGCACCCCCAGCGGCGGGACCCGCAGCUGCGGCCUGGAGACAGAUCGCCGGCGGCGCUCCAAGCGGCAGGCACCCCAACGGCUUCUGGCCCGCAGGGCGCUCCGUGGGGGCGAAGGCGUCUCCUCUGACGCCCCGCCCCUUCCCCGCGAGGGGCGGGCCUUCCGCCCCGGGCGGCGGUGCAAUGCGGAAGAGAUGGACCCGCUGAGCGGAAGUGACGCUUCCGACACCGGCGGCUGUGAGAGAGAGAGGAGGAGGAGGAGCCGGAGGUAAAGGGCCGCCCCCGCGCCAGGAUGGCGUUCAGCAAGGGCUUCCGCGUCUACCACAAGCUGGAUCCCCCGCCCUUCAGCGUCCUGGUGGAGACCCGGCACAAGGAGGAAUGCCUGCUGUUCGAGUCCGGGGCCGUGGCCGUGCUCUCUGCUGCAGAGAAAGAGGCGAUCAAGGGCAGCUACUCCAAAGUGCUGGACGCAUAUGGACUCCUAGGUGUCCUGCGGUUGAACCUUGGUGAUACUAUGUUGCAUUAUCUGGUCCUGGUCACUGGGUGUAUGUCUGUUGGAAAAAUUCAAGAGUCUGAAGUUUUCCGAGUUACUUCCACUGAAUUUUUAUCACUACGAAUUGACUCUUCAGAUGAGGAUCGCAUUUCCGAAGUGCGGAAAGUUUUGAAUUCAGGCAACUUUUAUUUUGCGUGGUCUGCGUCUGGAGUCAGUUUGGACCUGAGUCUCUGUGCGCACCGCAGCAUGCAGGAGCACGCGACUGACAACAGGUUUUUCUGGAAUCAGUCUUUGCACUUGCACCUGAAGCACUACGGCGUGAGCUGCGAGGACUGGCUGCUGCGCCUCAUGUGUGGGGGGGUGGAGAUCCGGACCAUCUACGCUGCCCACAAGCAGGCCAAGGCCUGCCUCAUCUCCAGGCUGAGCUGCGAGCGGGCUGGGACCAGGUUCAACGUCCGCGGGACCAACGAUGAUGGUCAUGUCGCCAACUUUGUAGAGACAGAGCAGGUCGUGUACCUAGACGACUCCGUCUCUUCCUUCAUACAGAUCCGGGGCUCCGUCCCCUUAUUCUGGGAGCAGCCAGGGCUGCAGGUGGGGUCUCAUCGUGUCCGUAUGUCAAGGGGAUUUGAAGCCAAUGCACCCGCUUUUGACAGGCAUUUUAGAACACUUAAGAAUUUGUAUGGCAAACAAAUCAUAAUAAAUUUGCUUGGAUCUAAGGAAGGUGAACAUAUGCUAAGUAAGGCCUUUCAGGGGCACCUGAAAGCGUCCGAGCACGCCGCCGAUGUCCAGAUGGUGAAUUUCGACUAUCACCAAAUGGUGAAAGGAGGGAAAGCAGAAAAGUUGCAUAGUAUUCUUAAACCUCAAGUCCAGAAGUUCCUAGACUAUGGAUUUUUUUAUUUCGAUGGAAGCGAAGUUCAAAGGGGCCAGGGCGGCACCGUGCGCACCAACUGCUUGGACUGCCUGGACAGGACCAACAGCGUGCAGGCCUUCCUGGGCCUGGAGAUGCUAGCUAAACAGUUGGAAGCUCUCGGCUUAGCCGAGAAGCCUCAGUUGGUGACCCGCUUUCAAGAAGUGUUCCGGUCCAUGUGGUCCGUGAACGGAGACUCAAUCAGUAAGAUCUACGCCGGCACGGGAGCUCUGGAAGGGAAGGCCAAGUUAAAAGAUGGUGCUCGUUCUGUUACUAGAACGAUUCAAAAUAACUUCUUUGACAGCUCCAAGCAAGAGGCCAUUGAUGUUUUGCUCCUGGGAAAUACUCUAAAUAGUGAUUUAGCUGACAAAGCUCGAGCACUUUUAACUACUGGAAGUUUGCGUGCCUCCUCUAAAGUACUGAAGAGCAUGUGCGAGAAUUUCUACAAGUAUUCCAAGCCCAGGAAAAUCCGGGUGUGUGUGGGGACCUGGAACGUGAACGGCGGGAAGCAGUUCCGCAGCAUCGCAUUUCGGAACCAGACGCUCACCGACUGGCUCCUGGAUGCGCCCAAGUUGGCUGGCAUCCAGGAGUUUCAAGAUAAAAGAAGUAAGCCGACUGACAUAUUUGCGAUUGGCUUCGAAGAGAUGGUCGAGCUAAAUGCCGGGAACAUCGUGAAUGCGAGCACGACGAACCAGAAGCUCUGGGCGGUGGAGCUGCAGAAGACCAUCUCCAGGGACAACAAGUACGUGCUGCUGGCCUCGGAGCAGCUGGUGGGCGUCUGCCUGUUCGUGUUCAUCCGGCCGCAGCACGCGCCUUUCAUCAGGGACGUGGCGGUCGACACUGUGAAGACGGGCAUGGGAGGCGCGACCGGAAACAAGGGCGCGGUGGCCAUCCGCAUGCUGUUCCACACGACCAGCCUGUGCUUCGUCUGCAGCCACUUCGCCGCGGGGCAGUCCCAGGUCAAGGAGAGGAACGAGGACUUUGCAGAGAUAGUUCGGAAAUUGAGUUUUCCUAUGGGCAGGAUGCUGUUUUCCCAUGAUUACGUGUUUUGGUGUGGGGACUUCAACUACCGGAUCGAUCUCCCGAACGAGGAAGUCAAAGAGCUGAUUCGACAGCAGGACUGGGACUCUCUCACAGCGGGGGACCAGCUGACCAACCAGAAAAACGCUGGGCAGAUUUUUAGAGGAUUUUUAGAAGGAAAAGUAACCUUUGCUCCGACAUACAAAUACGACCUGUUUUCUGAAGACUACGACACCAGCGAGAAGUGCCGCACGCCUGCGUGGACAGACCGGGUCCUGUGGCGGAGGAGGAAGUGGCCUUUCGACAGAUCAGCUGAAGAUUUGGAUCUUCUCAACGCGAGUUUCCAGGACGGAAGCAAGAUCCUGUACACGUGGACUCCUGGCACGCUGCUGCACUACGGGAGGGCCGAGCUGAAGACCUCCGACCACAGGCCCGUGGUCGCGCUGCUCGACGUAGACAUAUUCGAGGUCGACGCAGAGGAGAGGCAGAGCGUUUACAAAGACGUGGUCGCCACCCAGGGCCCGCCAGAUGGCACCGUGCUGGUCUCCGUGAGCAGCUCUGCGCCCGAGCUCGGUUUUUUCGACGACGCUCUGAUUGAUGAGCUUCUGCAGCAGUUUACAAAUUUUGGUGAAGUGAUUCUCAUAAGGUUUGUAGAAGAUAAAAUGUGGGUCACAUUUUUGGAGGGAAGCUCCGCCUUGAAUGCUCUAAGCCUGAAUGGUAAAGAGUUACUGGGCCGGGCUGUGAGUAUCACUUUAAAAAGUCCCGACUGGAUCAAAACUCUGGAAGAAGAAAUGAGUUUGGAGAAAACCAGCGUCCCGCUGCCGUCGUCCACCAGCUCCACCCUGCUGGGCGAGGACGCGGAGGUCGCGGCUGACUUCGACAUGGAAGGCGACGUCGACGACUACAGCACCGAAGUGGAAGAGCUUCUGCCCCAGCACCUGCAGCCAACCUCGGGGCCUGGCCUUGGCACGUCGCCCAGCUCUUCGCCCCGCACCAGCCCCUGCCAGUCGCCCACCAUAGCAGAGGGCCCUGUCCCCUCGCUUCCCAUACGACCCAGUCGGGCAGCGUCCAGAGCUCCCGGGCAGCCGCCUUCCCAGGGUUCUCCAGUUGAGGCUCAGCCAGCCUCACAGUCGCAGCAGAAGGACGCUCCGCAGGUCUUGGAGCCCAAGCGGCCGCCUCCGCCCCGCCCCACGGCACCUCCUGCACGGCCCGCACCCCCCCAGAGGCCGCCUCCACCUUCAGGUGCUAGGAGUCCCGCACCUGCUAGAAAAGAAUUUGGAGGUGCUGGAGCCCCUCCCAGCCCCAGGGCGGCUAGGCGGGAGAUGGAAGCUCCCAAAAGCCCGGGAAUGACACGGAGAGAUAACAUAGGACACAGCCAGCCUUCGCCUCCCACAGGACUCGCAGGCCCGGCGCCUGCUGGACCCAGCACCAGCAGACCGGUGAUCCCACCCCGUGCCGGAGUGAUCAGCGCCCCGCAGAGCCACGCCCGGGCCACCGCCGGGAGGCCGGCUCCCGAGAGUCAGAGCAGACCCUCGGAGGGCCCGAGAGGUCCAGCCCUUCCUGAGCCACUGAGGCCCCAGGCCACCCCGCCUGCGCAGCCCUCCCUGCCCACGCCUGUUCCAAAGAUGCAGGAGCCCCUCGUCCCCACGGCCGCGCCCCUGCCACAGGCUGCACCCCAGCCCGGCUUGGAGACCCCUCCGCAGCCGCCGCCCCGGAGCAGGUCCUCCCACGGCUUGCCCUCGGACCCCCCGGCCCAGCUACAGGUAAAAACCAAUGGUGUCUCCACAGUCAGAACGGACUUGGCAUUCAAGAGUGACCCGUUUGAAGACCUGUCCUUGAGUCUGCUCGCAGUCCCAAAGGCUCAGUCCCCCGUGCACACAUCCCCCGUCCCCGGCCCAGGCACCCAGGGCUGGGCUCCGCUGCCUCCUGCAACACAGAGCGGCCCCAGUUCCUGGAGCUCCGUGGGCCUCACGCCCACGCUGCCCCCUGUUCCAGCCCGGAGUCAGCCCCAGGAAAACGCACGGCACUCUCCCAACCCAUUCACCGCGAGCAUGGCCAGCGCCAACCCUUUCACCGACAGGACCGCGGCCCCCGGGAACCCGUUCAGGGCCCAGUCUCAACAGGCAGGCACGAGUCCGUGGUUCUCCCAGGAGGAGCCUGCCGCCGGCCGACCCUUCCCUCCUCCGAAGCCUUCGUCUUCACCCGUUGGCUUCGAGGACGGUUCUGAUGUGCAGGCCCAGUCUGCAGGAAAGACGAGCCACCCAAAAGGAUGGGUGACCUUCGAGGAAGAGGACUUUGCUGUGAAAGCAAAGUCAAGGUCGCCUUGCCCGGACCUCCGGGGCAGUCAGCCGGGUUCCUCCCCCGGCUCCAGUGCGACCUUUGACGAUGACUGGAGUAAAGGCACAAGUGUGUCCUCCUGUGCGGUGCCGUCCCGGAGGCCGCCCCCACCUCCUGUCCCCGUGCCCCCAGCGGGCCCCACCCCUCCAGAGCCCCCCCCAACAGCUCGGGCCCCUCAGGCAGCACCCACACUGGAUUUCACGGAGAGAUGAGCCUCUCCGUGGAGAGCGGCCAUGCUGGCCUUGGUGGGCGAGCCGGCGGCAGGCGUUCAUCACCCGUCGUGUGCACCGAGGUCGUUGGGAAACACCACCGUUCAGCGUGGGCAGAGUGGGGAUGUGUGUGGGGUGGGGGGGCACGAGGGAAAGGUCCUCCUCCUUCACUAGCAUUUCGUGCAUUGCUGUUUGGAUAGCUAGGGGAGAGGAGUGGCCGUAACAAGUGCUCAAAACCACUUUAGAAAACAGUCCUUCUUCAGAAACGCUGUGUUAAUCUUUGUGAGAGAACCUCAAAAAACCCAGGCAGCUUCCCGCUGGCCCUGCUUGCCUGCGCUGCCCGCCCCCCCCGCCCCCCAGUCCUCGUUCACAACUGGCGUUUCUAAGGGUUUACCAAAGAGCUUGUCACAGUGACACUGAAACAAGUUUCAAAGGCAGAGCUUAAAAAAAAAGUGUAUAGACACACACACAUUCCCCGCACACAUAUACAUGUGAAACUCUUCGUUUAAAUUCUCGGAUAUAACUCAGAUUUUUACCUAAAAGUUCUAGCAGAGUUCUCUCUUCACAUCAUUGUCAAAAGGAUGGGUGUGAAUGAAACUUGGACAUUUCUUCACUUUUCUGUCCAAAACUAUAAUAAUCCUCACUCCAGACCCAGAAUCUUCUCCCCUUACCCUCACACGUGUGCACACACGCACACACAGACACAUCCUUGUCACUCUCCACUCCAGCAGCCCAUGUGCUUCCCUCCAGGAGUCGCCACUGCCCUGUGGGCGGACACACCUGCCCUUUCAAAAGAGCACGGUGGCCUUUUGUGCUCGGUGAGAAACACUAGCGCUGAGCGUGCCCCUCUGUCCUCUGCCGCCCACCCCUCCCACACCCGUCAGUCUGCUCCGGCCCCUCACUUCCUGAACAGGGACAGGGAAGGCAGCAGCCCCAGGUGUGCUCUGCACGGGGUCUACUCAGCGGAUGCUGUGUCCCCUGAAGAGUUCGCAGAGCGCACCUGCGACGCUGCUCCAGGUUCUUCGAGGCCGCCCGCCAGGUACCCGUCCGCUCUGUCCCCUGCACUGCCGACAGACAGCCUGUCCCACUCUUGUUAGGGUCAUGAGGAAGUACAGAGCUUCUACAGAAGGCUGCAUUUCGACCUGGGUGGCCCUGACCCGGGGACUCCUUGAGCAGUUGUUUCGCUGUGAGUUUAAGCUGCAGCCAUCUUUGGCCAUUGAGUCUGCACUGAGGUUCCUUUUCAGUAGCGCUGUGUCUGCCCACCGGAAUUCAGUGUCUGCAUUUGACCUUCAGAGGGGCGCACUGGGGGGACAGCUGAAACCAGAGGUUCAUGGGUGAGACUAUGUCCAAUGGAAAAAGCACAGUGAACUGCAUUGCACUUAACCACAUAAAGCAAGUCUGUUAGCAAGACAUACUUUUCUAAAUGCUUAAAUAUUACCAAAAUACUCUAUUUAUAGAAGUAGUCCUCUCUCUGUUAACAGCCAGGAUUUGCUGUUAGAAGUAACUCUUGUGAGUUUUAUAUUGUGCUUUCUGGGUUUCUAAUCAUUUCAGCAGUGGUACACUUUGAACAGCAGUAUUACUGUCAGCGCUGUGCUUCAAAAUGUGAAUUAACUGGUUGGAACUGUGGCUUUAACAUCGCUGUGGUUGGUGUGUCUGGUGUCUGCUCUCCAUUGGCAAAAUAAUUCACUCCAAACGUCACUAGUGCAAUUGCAGUUCUGUGAGCACUGUUUGCUGCUGCAGACAAACUACUGUCUAAAUACACACGCCAGGCAGCAGCUCCGCCUUUACCGGGAACACGGUAUCUGGCAAGUUGCCCAGUGUGCACAAAGCUAUGAAAGAUAAAGGUGCGCUGCCAAUAACUAGCCAUCGUUCUGUAUCAUUGAGAUAUUUACCAGUUCUAUUAAAAGCAGAGCAAAAAUUAGACACUAAGGAUCUCUUUGUGAAUUAUUUGUUCUCUACAGUAGAUUGCUGUUUUUAUGUAAGAACUUUAUUGCUUAUGUGGCAUACAGUAUUUAUAACUACAUACUUUAUAGAAGUGUAUAUUAAAGUCACAGUAUACAAACACUCUGUACAUACCCUGUGAAAUGUGCUGUCAUAUGAAAUAAAUAGUUCUGGCUUUA